AUGGAUUUGGCUUCGAUGUUGAACGAAGGCGGCGGGCCUCCUCCCCCCGCCGCGCCGGCGCCGGGCAAACCUCAAGCUGCAGCUCCAGCUCCAGCUCAAUCUCGACAACAAACACAUCAGCAGCAUCCACAGCACCCACACCCCUCGACCCCCAUUCAAUCUGUCCCGCCACCUCACUCUUUUCGCGACCACAGUCAGCCGGUCCAAGCAUCGCCCUCCCGCUCUCUCUCGCACGAGUACGUCGCCCACCAGACUCCCUUCGCCUCCCCUCCGCCCUACCCACCGGCCUCGACGCCGUACGGUGCUCCCGCUCGCCCGCCGCCGCCGCCUCUACAGCAGUUGUCCGCCAACAACGCAAGCCUCUGCGGGCUGCGGGCGCGGCCUACCCGUUCCCAAGCCCAGGCCACCCUCUUCCAGAUUCUGCAAGUCCGAUCCAGCAAAGUCGAUAUCCUCCCGCGGGCGCAUACCCCCCCAGGGACAGCUAUUCACACGCUCCCAUUCCCAUUCAAAGCCCAGGCCCUCCUGCGGCAUACUCCCAAGUUCAACACUCCAUACCGCCGCAGACUCCCCCUUCAGCACCAAUAUCUGCCACAGCAAUACGCCAGCCCCGUCGCGACGAGUCACCAGCCGCCUCCAGAGCGCAUCAGACAACCCUCGCAGCCUUCGACGCCUCUCGGCCCACCUUUAUCUGCCGGACAAAGACAACAUUCUGCAGGGCCACCGGCUUUUGCGCAGCCACAGAGCCCGUACCAGCAACGUCUUCCACCCUCUGGGCCACCGUAUCCACCGUACCCGACCCAGCAGCAGCAGCAGCAGCCGCAGCCGCAGCAGGCUCCGCAGCAACCGCACCAGGUCUCGCCCGGUGGCCCCCCGCGUCCACAAGCCUCGCCAUAUCCUCCUGUUCAGAGGACCUCCAGCAUGCUCGAAAAUUCUCAAGCGGUGGACCCACAACGUCGGUCACUGUCCCAUAGUGAGCGCGGCCGCAGCCUCAGUGUCAGCCCCAAGACCCGCGUUCCAAGCCUGCCCUCUAGUGCUGGGCACCACUCACAGGCUUCCAUCUCUGGCCCGUCUGGCCAACACGGCGACUGGGACCAGCGAGAGCCUCAACAGCUACACCAUAACCCCUUGCAAGGGAGGGCCGAAGCUCCACCUACUUCCGCCACCAGGUUGGAGCGUGCCUCGACCCCUGCCAAGCGGAAGAUGGAUGACAGGGAUGUCCAACCUGACGAGCUCGACCGACAAGAACCGCGACCGCCUCCUUUCGAAGCCAACGGCGUACAUAGACAGCAGACUUCCACCCGCCCAGGUCGCCCUUCGACCUCACCAAUGGUUGCCCGGCGAAAGCGACGGCACGCGACGCCUCCAAUCUGGGCGCACAUAUACAACAAGGAGCCCCUCAGGAACAACAACUUUGUUCUGCGAAAGUCCAACGCGAACCAUGGCCAAAUCAAUGGCAAGGCUGACCAGUCGCAUCCCGGGCGUCAAGAACGGUCCUCCAGCCGCCACGCCUCCCCAGAAACAGCACGGUCCAACACGCAGGCUCCAGCACCCGCCGCGGCUUCAAAUCAGACCCCGCCAGUCCCAGUGUCGAGCCAGAAGCCGAGCCUCCUGGGACCGUGGGAGAUGACAGUCAGCAACUCAACACCGUUUGAUGAGAUGUGCAGGACUGUUGCAGACUUCUUGUUCAUGCUCGUGGUGAGCAACGGGGAGCUCGGCAGCAUACACGACCCCAACAACGGCGUUCAGUACGAGAUAGAGGCCAAACUGGGCCACCUCACUGAUCGGAACUCACCAAAUCAGCGAAUGCCGUUCCAAGUGCAGUCAGAGGCUGUCCUUGCACACAGCAACAACACCAGCUUCGUUAGCAGCAUGACUGAGGCGCAACAUAAGGGUUAUAACGAGUUCCUCAAUUUUUUGGUUGCCGAGGCCAGCCCUCAGAACCCCAAGAACAGGAACUUGCCUGAACCUCGAGUACCCAUCAACUACGUUCACCUCAGGGAGUCGGACCGAUUCUACAAGGUUCCGAACCACCUGCGCCAGCAACUACACCCUGCCCUCCACCAACUGCUGGGGAACAAGUCGGCGGCGGUGAGGGUUACGUCGGAUCAGAAGACGGGCAAGGCCAUGGCUGCGAUCAUCAAGGGUAAAGUUGCCGAUCUGCAUAUUGUAUUUCCUCAGUGUGAUCUGGACUGCCGGAUCAGCGUCAACGUGGAAGUAGACUGGACGCAUCCUAUUGAUGAGCUCGAGGAGCUGAGCCAGGUUGGGGGCCGGGACAGCAAAUCGGACCGACACAAAGAUCGCUUGAGUUACAGGCAGGGAAACUACCGGGUUGACCUGACGCAGGUCACGCAGACGGAGCCCGGUCCCAACCACACGUCUCAUCAAGUCAAGAUACAUGAGCUGGAAAUCGAGCUGGACGCCGGUGCCGUCAUCGACCAGGGUGGCCGGGCCAUGCGUGGUGAGCCACACAAUUACGAUUUCCUCGUCGAGGGUUUUGUCAACAAUAUUCGCAUGCUGGCCAGAAAGGCACGGGAUCUGGCUCCGCCGGCCUGA